AACAGUAAUGUCCUCGGCUCCCCCUCCUCCGGCACCGCCUUCGCGGUCGUCUAACCCGGAGGCGCCUCCGCGUGUCGUCCGCCCGCCGCCGAGGCGUCCCCCGAGGGCGCCUGGACCGCCGCCGUGGGCUGAGCGGCGGCCCUCUGUUUCCGUCGACUACGACCGCGGCCGCCGCACCGCCCGGGUCGAGGUGGACGGCGUCGGCGCCGACGCGCUUCCCUCGCGGCACCGCCUGCGCGUAGAGGGGAGCCGGUGGCAACGGGACUGGAAAGUGUCCCAAGUUGCCGCGCGCGUGCUCGCGCUCCCGCCAGCCGACGCCCAUGCCGUCGACGCCGUGCUCAACUGCUGGGCCGGGCGCUUCGCGCGCCGUAACUUCCCGCUCCUUAUUCGUGAAAUCACAUUUACCGGGUCCUUGCACCAUGCUGUGCAUGUGUUCCGCUGGAUGAAAAAUCAGGAGAAUUACUGUGCUCGCAAUGACAUUUACGGUAUGAUGAUACGAUUACAUGCCAGACACAAUCUGGUUGAUCAAGCACGUGGCCUGUUCUUUGAGAUGCAAGAAUGGCGGUGCACUCCAGAUGCUGACAUAUUCAACUCUCUAAUCCAUGUGCAUGCUCGGGCUGGUCAAUGGCGCUGGGCCAUCAACAUUAUGGAUGAUAUGCUUCGUGCUGCUAUACCUCCUAGCCGGACUACGUAUAAUAAUGUGAUAAAUGCAUGUGGUGCUGCUGGUAACUGGAAAAAAUCUUUGGAACUUUGUAAGAAGAUGACAAGAAAUGGUGUGGGGCCAGACUUGAUUACGCACAAUAUUGUAUUAUCUGCUUUGAAGAAUGGAUUUCAGUAUUCAAAAGCCAUAGCUUACUUUGAGAUGAUGAAAGGAGCAAAUAUCACCCCAGAUACUUUCACAUUGAAUAUUGUCAUCCACUGCCUCGUGAAAGUUGGACAGUAUGGGGAAGCUAUUGAAAUAUUAAACUCGAUGAGGGAUAAAAGAACACAGUGUCCUCCAGAUGUUGUUACAUACACUAGCAUAAUGCAUUCUUAUUAUGUUUGUGGGCAAGUGGACAAUUGCAAGGCAGUCUUUGAUAUGAUGAUUGCUGAAGGAGUUAAACCCAAUACUGUGUCAUAUAAUGCACUUUUGGGUGCUUACGCCUCACAUGGAAUGCAUACUGAGGCCCUGAGAGUGUUCAAGCUACUGAAACAAAAUGGUUUACGACCUGAUGUAGUUUCCUAUACCACUUUACUGAAUGCCUAUGGUAGGUCUGGACAGCCUGAGAAGGCUAGGGAGGCCUUUAAUGAGAUGAGGAAGAACUCAUGCAAGCCAAAUAAAAUUAGUUACAAUGCACUUAUUGAUGCUUAUGGAUCGGCUGGGAUGUUGAAGGAGGGCAUUAGUUUGCUGCAUGAAAUGGAGAAGGAUGGCAUUCCACCAGAUGUUGUUUCAAUAAGUACUCUGUUGACUGCCUGCGGCCGCUGCAGGCAAAUAACAAAAAUUGGCACAGUUCUUGAAGCAGCGAAAUGUCGAGGCAUUGAACUUAAUAUAGUUGCUUACAACUCAGGCAUUGGAAGCUAUUUAAGUUUUGGAGAUUACGAGAAAGCUUUGGAGUUGUACGCAUCAAUGAUGGCCAGCAAUGUCAAUCCAGAUAGUGUAACUUACAAUAUACUCAUCAGCGGAUUGUGUAAAUUGGGAAAAUAUGCAGAAUCUCUUAAAUUUUUUGAAGACAUGGUUGACUUGAGAAUUCCAUUAACCAAGGAGGUCUACUCAUCCUUGAUUUGUUCAUAUGUCAAACAGGGCAAACUAACUGAAGCAGAAUCAACUUUUAGCUCAAUGAAAGAAUCCGGCUGCUUCCCUGAUGUUUUGACAUAUACUGCAAUGAUUCAAGCCUAUAGUGAUGAUGGGAGUUGGAGGAGUGCGUGGGACCUAUUCAAAGAGAUGGAAGGAAAUGCUAUACAGCCAGAUGCCAUUAUAUGCUCAGCCCUCAUGGAAGCAUUGAAUAAUGGAAGCCAACAUGAAAGGGUCCUUCAGUUGAUGGAAUUCAUGAAGGAAAAAUGCAUCCCAUUAAACCAAAAGGCUUAUUUUGAGAUAAUAGCUUCAUGCAGCAUGCUAGGAGAUUGGGAAACAGCAAGUGAAAUAGUUGAAUAUUUGGAUUCGUCACUCUCAUCCAUUUCCGUUGGGACACUAAACCAUCUCCUAAAUUUUCUUGGAAAAUGUGGGAAGACAGAGAGCAUGAUGAAGCUGUUCUACAAGAUGGUGAAUUCUUGCUCUGUUCUGGGUCUUUCUACUUAUACGGUUCUGCUGAGAAAUCUAUUAGCUGUUGGGAAAUGGAGAAAGUACAUUGAGGUUUUACAAUGGAUGGAGGACGCUGGGGUCAGGCCAACACUAUACAUGUAUCAAAGUGUUCUUCCAUAUAUGUGGAGGGACAAUAGUAUGGAUUACGUCACUCUUAUGCAAGAAAAAAUAAAUGCCUUGAGAGAGAAGAUAACAUGAGUUUCGGACAUAUAAAUGCAUGUCUGUAAUGUGAAGCAAAUCCAUCGCGAAAUAAGUGGACAUCACUGACCAUAAAUGAUAAUAGAGUUUGCUCUCAGGACCUCCACAAAGAUUAUCAAGGUCAAGUUAAUGUCUGAGUAUAGCCCAGCUAGGUGCCCCAGCCCACAAUCUGACACCGUCAUAAUAGUACAGGAACAUCUAGUAAGAUGAUCGCAUAUCAGCAUCCGAGAAAGAAAAGGGGGAUACCUAGUCUUUCACUGUUGCUGCUACAUCAGUGAAAACUCGCUUGACUUCGUAAGGGUUGAAUAUAUUAUAUUGCUUCUUACUAUCUCAUACGUGCUCGACAAGUACUGGUCAAAUCCUGCAUUAUGCUUCACUUUGUUUCUCUCAGCAAAUACCUCACGAUAGCUGCUACAUCAGUGAAGCUCUGCUCCAGAUUGCUUCUAUCUUGACAAGUAUUCCCUCCGUUCAGAAAUAUAAGUGUUCCAGAUUUCAGUUAAAAAAAGGGUGUUCCAGAUUUGUCUAGAUUCCCAUGUAUUUAGACAUGUUUUAGUGUGUAGAUGUAUGCAAAUCUAGACAAAUCUGUGACACUUAUUUCUGAACGGAGUAGAAGUGCUUGACAAGUACCGGUCCAAUCCUGGCCUAGUGCAGUUCGCUUCACUUCGUUUCUAUCCAGCAUCCCACUCGGCACAACUUGUCGGUUUUUGCCAUUGCUUUGUAUGUUUUGUUACUUUUUGUUCAGCCAUGGAGUCGCACUUUAUCUUCCCUUUGGUUAAAUCCAAACUAAAUGUUUCUUUCUUGUACUUA